GUAAACAGUUGGGAUUGAUAAGUCAAGGAGAGAGGACGUCGCGUCCCUAACAAAACUUGUCUACGUAUUCAACUACGCGAAGUUGUGAACGUUCAAUUAAAAAAUAUAAACUGAAGUUGAGAUGUGUUAAGUGAGCUAGGAUUGAAAAGUGAUUGAAGUGAACAUUGAAAUAAAUUAAAAUUUGUACAAAUAUAACAUUUUGCUAACAAAAUGUGUAAAUACAUGGUUAUCGGGCUUCUUGUUAGCUUGAUUUUGACUUCAGCGGGAGCCAACGAGAACUGCAACAAAGACAUGCUGCAGCGAUGCGCCAUGGAUCUGCCUGUGCUAAAUUCACCGGAGAUCUCCUUCGCCUUAACUAGGGAAGAACUAGACAAGAGUUGCAUAAAACUCCACUCUGGCAUAACCUGCAUCGAUAACUACACAAGCGCCUGCAUGAGCAGACACGAACAGACCGUCUUCCGCAAAAUCUACUCCGGAAUCAGCGAUGGUAUGAAAGAACUCUGUACCCCCGGGGCUUACCAAGACGAGUACUUGAAACACGCACGCUGCGUGAAGAUAUUCUGGGCUGAUUAUGAAAAGUGUAGCCAGAAGUAUGAAGUUACACUCACACAUCUGAAUGAUCAUCAGAAAAAUGAGCAGUAUUCUACGGAUCAGCGAGAUAUUAGCACGAGCCAUGAGGAUUAUUUGAGGACAGUUUGCUGCUCAUUCCAGGAGUUCAUGUCGUGCUCCGAAGAAACGGUACAGAGGACGUGCGGUGACGAGGCAGCCGUCUUCACCAGCAAGUUCCUUAAGCAGAUGGCUUCCAACAUUAUAAAGAAUUUCUGCUACGAAUACCGAGAUAAAGAAUGCUCCUCCCCAGAUAAAGCCAGCGCAACGUUCCAAAACCUCCAACUUGUUCUCAUCGCCCUUUCGGGGCACCUCGCGUUUAACGCCGGGAACCUAGUGCCAACGUAAACUAACCUAAAACAAUUUUAGGAAUCGAAUUUUGAAAUUAGAACAUUCGUGCGUGUGUGAGUGCAGUGAACUGUAAAUAGUGAGCGUUAUAAUGAUAGUGUUUUGUUAAUUUAAUAUUAUGCAUCACUUUGAAACGGUAGCUUAAUUAAUUUGCGCAUGCAAUGCCUCUUUUGCCUAGUUUUAUAAGAUAUGAUUUAUGAUCAUUAUAAAGCAUAAACUAUAUAGAAAAUUACUUCAACAAAUAAACAUUUUAUGCCGGUUUUGUGAGACUUCAAGGCGAAGCUAAGCUUAGAAAAUACUUCUGCAGAACGUUAAGGCAUUACCUACUUCAAAUAAGGUAUGAAGGCGGAAAAGGAAUGAGUUCUGAAAUGUUAUUAAUUCGAAAUGUUUUAUUACUAUAUGACAUUAUACCUACAUACAUAUUAUAGAAAUAUGGGUUUGUGCAAAUAUACCCUUGAAACGGAUAAGGGAAAGAGAUUUUAGUUAGGAUUUUUAAAGCAUUAAAUGCUAAUUGCAUGCAGCCAAACUAAACUAUUUAGUUUAGAAUAAGGUUUUAUUUCGUAAACUUGUUUGUUAGGGCUAUAUAAACAUUCACAUGAUAUGGAUGUCUAUGGUUCAUAAAUAUUUCUAAUAGUCUAAGCUCAAGGAAAUAUGAUAUUUAUCAUAAUCAGAAGACAUAGACAUUUUAAUUACAGAUGUAGUGCAUAAUUAUUUUCCUUCGUAUUUUCACGGAA